AUGGAAUUGAAGUGUUUGGCUCUGGCUGCCUUCCUCUUCAUCGCUUAUGUUGCUGCAGAUGAUUUUCCAUUCCCUCUUAGCGAGGCACACCAAGCGCCUGACUUGAUUAAAGAUUUGGAUUACAUUGUUGUGGGUGGCGGAGCUGCAGGGUGUGCAUUGGCUACAACACUUUCACAGAAUUUCACUGUUCUUCUGCUUGAGCGAGGUGGCUCCCCUUACAAUAACCCGCUGUUUAUGAGAGAGGAGAAUUUUAUGCUUGGUUUACUUGAUGAAGGAACACAAGGCUUUGUCAGCACAGAUGGUUCUUGGAGUCGAGCCCAAGAAAUCAAACAGAUCGGACUUGACCCUGUUAAAGCCAAUGCUUCCUACAUUUGGGCCGAGAAUGUGAUUGUUUCCCUACCAACUUUAGGACCUUUCCAGACAGCUUUCCACAAGGGGCUGGUUGAAGCCGGAGUGACACCGGAUCUCGGUGCUACAUACGAGCACUCUGUGGGGACCAAGACCGGAGGAACCUUGUUUGAUGAGAAUGGCCAGCGCCGACCGUCUUCCAACUUGAUCGCCGCUUAUGCUAACCCGCAAAACCUUCAGGUCCUGCUGAAUGCUCAAGCCGUGAAGAUCCAUUUCGAUGUGUCUGAUUCUGGAGCUCCAAGGGCGAUGGAAGUUGAUUUCAUCGACCGAAAUGGAGGUCUUCAUACUGCUUUUCUCAAACAAGAUUCGGCCAGUGAGAUUAUCCUCUCCGCCAGCGCAAUCGGAACUCCUCAUCUUCUUAUGUUGAGCGGUGUUGGGCCGGCUGAUCACCUCAAGCAGUUCAACAUCAAUGUCGUCCUCGCCUUGCCUGUUGGCAAGAACAUUGCAGACAAUCCAGCCACAAGAGUCUACGUGCCAUCGCCUCUGCCUGUUGAGUCUGCGCUCGUAAAGGUGGCGGGUAUCACCCCCUUCGGCAGCUAUAUCGAGUCCCUCAGUGGAGUCCAGAACCUUCAGGGCAGCGUCAUCUUCCAAAAGGUGGCAGGCCCAAAAUCCACCGGAGAAGUGCUCCUUAGUAACGACAGCUUGGACAUUACCAACAAUCCCGUCAUCACUUUCAACUAUUACAACAACUCAGAUGAUCUAGCAACCUGCAUUGGCGGUCUUAACAUCAUGGAGAAGUUCCUGCUGUCCAAGACAAUGACCCCUUUUGUGAGCGGCAUGCAAGCUAUGCCAUCGGGCAACGUGCUUGGCUUGCCGAUCCGCAAGUUUACGUCACAGGAGGUUAUCAACGCGACACUGAGUGCAUACUGCAAGGUUAAUGUUGGUACAAUGUGGCAUUACCAUGGUAGCUGCCGGGUUGGCCAGGUGGUAGACUCCCAGUACAAGGUGUUGGGUGCGGAGAGGCUCAGGAUUGUCGAUGGAUCUGUGUUUGACUUCUGCCCAGAUUGUGCAACACGGGGCAAACAGAUUCUCUCGUGCAUUGACACCACCGAUCCAAAGGUGUGGCUGCCUGGACCAUGCCCACGGCGUAUUCUACAUCUUCUCACAUACACGGGAUUUGCUUUAAGAAAUAGCGAGCGAUGUGACGGAAAUGCGCUGGUGAACGUUUUGGCACAAGAUGGACAGCUUGUACUGGUAUGGUCUGCUGGAAUUCCAUUUGAGACGAUGUGUCUUAUUUUUAUUUCACCAUAUUCCGUGACGGGUAUAUUGGGUAUUUGGCAUGACUUGUUUGAUUUGAUGCCGCAGCGCGAAGAGGUCACUUGGAACGCACUGGUGUCUCGAUUAUCUGAUAUUUAA